GGCUCCCUGCUGCUCCCUGUCCCUAAGGUAGACACCAUGGACCCACUGAUGGUCGUCCUUUGCCUGCUGCCCCUGUACCCAGGCUUAGCGACAGCCGCUCCCUCCUGCCCUCAGAACGUGAAUAUCGCAGGGGGCAGUUUCACCCUCAGUAAUGGCUGGGCACCUGGGAGUAUCCUCACCUACUCCUGCCCCCUGGGCUAUUACCCAUUCCCGGUGGCAUCAAGACUGUGCAACAGCAACGGACAGUGGCAGAUCCCGAGAGCCACCCGGUCAACAAAGCCAGUCUGCAAACCUGUUCGCUGUCCAGCCCCUGUUUCCUUUGAGAACGGCGUGUACACCCCGCGGCUGGGGUCCCAUCCUGUGGGCGGCAACCUGACCUUCGAGUGUGAGGACGGCUUCACGCUGCGGGGCUCGCCCGUGCGGCAGUGUCGCCCCAAUGGCAUGUGGGAUGGGGAGACGGCUGUGUGUGAUAACGGCGCCAGCCACUGCCCAGACCCUGGCAUUUCUGUGGGUGCAGUGCGGACAGGGUCUCGCUUCGGCCCUGGGGACAAGGUCAGGUACCGCUGCUCCUCGAAUCUGGUGCUGACGGGGUCUAUGGAGCGAGAGUGCCAGGACAACGGGGUCUGGAGUGGGACGGAACCCAUCUGCCGCCAGCCCUACUCUUACGACUUUCCUGAGGAUGUGACCCCCGCCCUGGGUACCUCCUUCUCCCACCUCCUUGGAGCCACAAAUCCCACCCAGACUAAGAAGACAGAGAACGUGGGCCGAAAAAUACAAAUCCAGCGCUCCGGGCACCUGAACCUCUACCUGCUUCUGGACGCCUCUCAGAGUGUGUCGGAAGAGGACUUUGGAGUCUUCAAGAGGAGCGCCUCCCUCCUGGUGGACAGGAUCUUCAGCUUUGAGAUCAAUAUUAGUGUCGCCAUCAUCACCUUUGCAUCGAAGCCCAAAAUCAUCAUGUCUGUCCUGAAGGACAAAUCCCGGGAUGUGACUGAAGUGGUCCACAGUCUGGAAAACAUCAACUAUAAAGACCAUGAAAAUGGAACUGGGACCAACAUCUAUGAGGCCCUAAAUAGUGUCUACAUCAUGAUGAAUAAUCAAAUGCAAAAUCUUGGUAUGAACACAAUGGCCUGGCAGGAAAUCCGCCACGCCAUCAUCCUGCUGACAGAUGGAAAGUCCAACAUGGGUGGCUCUCCCAAGCCAGCUGUUGACAAUAUCAAAGAGAUCUUGAACAUCAAAGAGAAGAGGAAAGACUAUCUGGACAUCUACGCCAUCGGCGUGGGCAACGUGGAGGUGGACUGGAGAGAACUGAAUGAGCUGGGCUCCAAGAAGGAUGGCGAGAGGCAUGCGUUCAUUCUGAAGGACACAGAGGCUCUGAGCCAGGUCUUUGAGCACAUGCUGGAUGUCUCCCAGCUCACGGACACCAUCUGCGGGGUAGGGAACAUGUCUGCCAAUGCCUCUGCCCAGGAGAGGACACCCUGGCAUGUCACUAUUAAGCCCAAGAGCCACGAGACCUGCCGGGGGGCCCUCAUCUCUGACCAGUGGGUCCUGACAGCCGCCCACUGCUUCAGCCACAGCGAGGACCACUCCCUGUGGAGGGUCAGUGUGGGGGAUCCCAACUCCCAAUGGGGCAAAGAGUUUCGAAUUGAGAAGGCGGUGAUCUCCUCAGAGUUCAAUGUCUCUGCCAAGAAGCAUCAGGGAAUCCCGGAGUUCUAUGGUGACGACAUUGCCCUGCUGAAGCUGGACCAGAAAGUGAAAAUGUCCACCCACGCCAGGCCCAUCUGCCUUCCCUGCACGGUGGGGGCCAACCUGGCUCUGCGGAGACAUCCAGGCAGCACCUGCCGAGACCACGAGAAGGAGCUUCUGAACCAACUGAGCGUUCCUGCUCAUUUUGUGGCCUUGAAUGGGAGCAAGCUGAAUGUUCAUCUCAAGACAGGGUCGGAUUGGACAAGCUGUAUCCAGGCUGUCUCCCAAGACAAAGUCACGUUCCCCAACUUGACCAAUGUCAGAGAGGUGGUGACAGACCAGUUCCUCUGCAGCGGGACCAAGGAGGAUGACAAUCCCUGCAAGGGAGAAUCUGGGGGAUCCGUUUUCCUUGAGCGGAGAUUCAGGUUUUUUCAGGUGGGCCUGGUGAGCUGGGGUCUCUACAGCCCAUGCAGCAGCUCCAAUAAAAACUUGCGCAAAAAGGCACCCAGAGGCAGGAUCCCACCGCCACGAGAUUUCCACAUCAAUCUCUUCCGCCUGCAGCCCUGGCUGAGGCAGCACUUGGAGGGCAUCCUGAACUUUUUACCCCUCUAAUUCUCGGCUCUCGAGCCUUUUGCUGUCCCGCCAGGAUGUGCCAUCUCUCUCCCGUCUCCUGCCUCCGGAGGUCCACCCUCAGCCUCCAUGACCCAGCCUCACUCCUUGCUCUGAGUAGAGUAGAGCCCUGCCUCCAGUAUCCCCACCCCCUGGGGCUGGGGAACCUCCAGCGCGCCCAGCAGCACUGGCCCCACCCUCCGGUUUACUUGGCUCGCUCUCCUCCCACUUUCACGUGGAAUUUCCCAGUUAUGAAAUUAAUAAAAAUCAAUGAUUUCCACA